CACGCCGAUAGCACUGACAAGCGACCAUUCCGCUCCAGUGUGCUCCCCCUUGCCUACAGCAGCAUCUUCCCCUCUAUAUGACAGUCCAUUUAACCAUGUUGCAGGCGCGCAUUUAUCAAGCCCCGUCUCAUCCAAUGAGAAUGGGCGACUGGACCACACCCUAAAGAGUCGACCUCAACGCGCUGAUUACACUGGUCGCAUGGGAUUCACUCGGACUCAAUUCACUCGCUUGGAAUUGACCCUCCCUCCCUUCCAUCUUUCCAUUGCUAUAUAUCUUUGCUUUUGGCGCAUACGCCUGUGCAAGGUGCAUAGAGCUCAUUAUCUUUCUACAUUCGGCAUAACAGCAUCUCCACCAACGAUCAUACGUCAUGAAAUUUGGGCACAACCUACCCAGGAAUCAGGUUCCGGAGUGGGCAUCGUCGUACAUCAACUACAAGGGCCUUAAAAAGCUUGUCAAGACUGCCGCUGAAGCUCCGAAGAAGGGCUCGGAUUUAGAUCUAGCAGAGUUCUUCUUCUCUCUCGAUCGUAAUCUCGAAGACGUCGAUAGCUUCUACAAUAAGAAGUACGCAGAAUGCGCUCGACGACUCAGGCUUUUGCAUGGCCGCUAUGGACGGGUCACACAGGUACCAGAGGGUAUCGAUAAGGAUGAGGCACAAGACUUGAUGGGCGCGCUGCUCGAGCUGCGCAGUCAAAUGCGGAAGCUGCAAUGGUACGGCGAGGUCAAUCGCCGAGGGUUCAUCAAGAUCACAAAGAAGCUGGACAAAAAGGUACAGACCGUGUGCCUACAGGAACGCUAUUUGACCUCGAAAGUCAACCCUAAACCGUUCGCACAUAAUCUACCUCUGAAUCAAGAUAUGAAGGCAGUCAACGAGUGGCUUUCGGGCCUCGGCGACGUUAAAACCUUCGACGAUAGCGGUUCCACUCAUUCUUCGGCUUCUCUGGGCAGGGUCCCGGGUCGCUCGCUGCACCUUCCUUCCGGCCUUCUGGACGCAGUGGAUCUGGCAAUACGUGGCGACAAAGUCAAUGACCUCAACCAACACCUUGAUGAGGCUUCUGCAAGUAAUGGCGUAGCCAGCUCUUCGUACCAGCAGAUACUCCUCAACUUCCUUCAACGCGCCAUAUCAUGCCGAUCUAGAUUGUGCAUAGAUAGGCUGCUGGAGGACAUUGAAUCUCUUGACGAGGAGGACGACAUCAACAAGCGUAAUUGCAUACAUCGUUUAGUCAUCAAUAUUGGCCGGUCAAAGAGCGGUGGAACGCUUGGAGCUGACGGUGCUCUACUACAAAGUUCUGGGGAAGCCCGUAGCUUCAUAAUACCUGCGACUGAUCCAAAUCGCCAACCUCGACCAUGUACGACUACCGAGGAAGAGUCGACCAAGCUCUUGAGUGCGAACGAUGACUCAGUGCGUCUACUCGUAUAUCUGCUUGAUAAGCUUCGGCCAAAUCAGCGCAUGGCGCUUCAGUCUCGCGAUUCAUACCAACGGUUACCGUUGCACUACGCUGCCCAAUACGGAUUUCUCGUUAUCUGUCAGGUCGUCAUCAAGCAUAUGCAGGACUGGGGCCAAUUUGAUGUCUCCCAGGGCAUCGACUCGUCAGACUGGCAGGAUAACGAGGGCUACGCCCCGCUUCAUCUCAGCGUAGUUGGAGGCCACGCACUCACAACGAGAGCUCUUCUGGAGGCAGAAAACUGGCAGGGAUCGAGCAAGAAGAAGCUCACGUCGAGGAAGACCAUUUCUCAGUCAGGAGCAGCCCUGGCGCUUGCGACCCGGUCAAACUUCGUGGCUAUCGUCAAGCUUCUGGUCGAGGCUGGUGUGAACGUUAACUACCAGGAUGAAGGAGGUGAGACAGCUCUCCACAUGGCUGCACGGUAUGGUUACGAUGAAUGCGCGAAAGUCCUGCUAGAAAGUCCCCGCACCAACCAGACAGAAGUCGACAUUCCCGAGAACACUUUUGCGUGGACUCCACUAUUCAUUGCCUGUGUCGAUAACCACCUCCCGAUCAUCGAGAUUCUGGUCGCGGCUGGAGCCGAUCUGCAGAGGUGCGACAACUCUGGCUGGACGGCUAAGGAGCAUGCCGCACUUCGGGGACACAUGGAUAUUGCAACCAGACUUGAUGAGCUGGCCCCCGCAACAGGCUCGCCACGUGCAGCACCCACGGACACAAGAAUCGCUCGAGCAGGAUCCCCUCCGCAAUCGUCGCUUGAUGAACGCAGAUCCAAGAACUUGAACCGUGAGAACGGCAACGUUUUGCAGAAAGUGCCGGAACCCGUCAAGACGUUUGGCCAUCGCUACCUACAAAAGGAAACGAUGGUUUUAGUCAGCCUUGGUUCCAUGGACAUCAGAAAAGACAUACCAGCUGUCAAACUCGACGAUAUCCCUCUUGCUGAUGCUCACGCGACCCAGCUCGACACUGCGCUGUCAGUAGUUGUGUCGGCUUCGGGUGCUAAUGGCGAACCCACUCUCAUUGACCUACCAGUGCAGGAUAACAUCGCCACCGAGCCCAUAACCUUCAUGACCACCGAUGUUUCUAAAGUCAAACUUCUAUUCGACAUCGUCCCAACGUAUGCAGGGUCGCACGAUCGCGUUGUGGGGCGGGGCGUGGCCCUGUUAUCCACCAUCAAGACUAGCAUCGGCUCUAAGCGCAUCUCGCUACAAGGUGAUAUGAAGGUGCCAAUUGUCGCAGCUUCCACUUUGGACGUUAUUGGCGCAGUAAAUUUCAACUUCCUAAUCAUCACCCCUUUCGAUCAUCCAAACAUGUCUGUUACCGAGCAGCAUACCUACUGGAAAAAGAUGGCGUCCACCAUGGUUAUUGGGCAUCGCGGCCUUGGCAAAAACACCGCUUCGCGUACAUCAUUGCAACUGGGCGAAAACACCAUCCAGUCUUUCAUCUCCGCCGCCAAUCUGGGAGCAGAGUACGUCGAGUUUGAUGUACAGUUGACUAAAGACCAUGUGCCCGUCAUCUACCACGACUUCCUGGUCAGUGAAACGGGUAUCGACGCACCAGUGCAUACGCUCACCUUGGACCAAUUCCUGCACAUCGGUGAAGGCCAAAAGCCACGACAAUCUCGCCCAAGUUCUCCAGAGCCGUUGCCAGUCCUUAAUGGCACCAACGGCACGGACGAUCGCCCGAACCCGCGAAGAUUACGAUCUUACUCCGUGGAUAACUCAAAGCAGCGCAACAUCCACAUGGACCGCCAAUUCGAGCUCACGGAGCGGAUGAAGUACACACGGGACUUCAAGAAAAAGGGCUUCAAGGGGAACACCCGAGGUACCUCGAUUCAAUCGUCUUUCACCACGCUCGAAAUGAUGUUCAAUCAACUACCCGAAUCAGUGGGUUUCAACAUCGAAAUGAAAUACCCCAUGCUUCAUGAGUCGGAAGAAGAAGAGAUGGAUCAGUACGCUGUCGAGCUGAACUCCUUUGUCGACACAGUAUUGCAGAAAGUGUACGACAAGAUGGGAGGGCGCAACGUCAUCUUCUCGUCGUUCAAUCCCGACAUUUGCCUCAUGCUGUCGUUCAAACAGCCCUCGAUUGCAGUCCUAUUUCUCACCGAUGCGGGCACGUCGCCUGUGGGUGAUGUGCGCGCUUCGAGUCUACAAGAGGCGAUCCGUUUCGCGAGCCGAUGGAACUUGCUCGGUGUCGUGAGUGCUGCUGAGCCGCUUGUGAUGUGUCCAAGAUUAGUCAAGGUGGUCAAGGAGAGUGGACUGGUCUGUGUUAGUUACGGGACGUUGAACAACGAUCCUAUUAAUGUUAUGUUGCAAAGGAAUGAAGGAAUCGACGCCGUUAUCGUGGACAGCGUCCUCAAAGUCCGGCAAGGUCUCCAAGCGCCGGGCCAAGCUAUAGCUGCUGGUCAUACCAAUGGCGCGACGUUGGUUGUACCCUCGACUUCUAUUCCUACCAUCAACGAAGCCGGCGAGGCGUUGCAGGGAGGCCAGCAGUCAAUCUGAAUUGGGAACGGCAAAUCGGAACCCAUAUUGUUAUCAUAAUCUUAAGGGGUGUUUGGAAACCAUGCACAUAUUGGAAGACGGGAACGGUUUUGGAAUUCGGCAGUAGAGUGCUACAGGAGCUUUUCAAUAGGCGUGUUUGAUACAGAGAUCGAUCUACUAGAAUUUGGUUUGACGCGAUAUGGUUGUCCACAUGCGGUUCGCCCCUUGGCGAUUUUUGAUAUGUGCCAUACUAUGAUGCGCGUGCUCACAUGACGACGCGAUAUUGGCCAGACUCGCGCG